GCGAUUAAACUUUCUCAGCCUUGCAGAAAAGUAAACAUUAAAUUGAGCCUUCUGUAGAAAUAGUUUCUGCGCCGCAUCUGUAAUUGAUAUUUGCAGUUUUCGAAGUUGGUAAUUGGAUAUUAUACAUAUCAACCAUAUACAAGAUGGCAGUAAAUAUUGCUCUAGAAACUACUAUGGUAACUACUUUCCUCUCUAUCCGUCUACUCCCUCUCCCCCUCUCCCUCACUCUCCUCUUCUUCCUCCUCUCUUCCCCCUCUCCACCUUCAGCAUCCAGCCAACCACCCACUAACAACCCCAGGGCACCAUAACCCUCGAACUCUAUACCAGCCACGCGCCCAAAACCUGCAAGAAUUUCGAAACCCUCAUCCGACGCGGCUACUACGAUUCCAUAAUCUUCCACCGAAUAAUCCCAAACUUCAUGUUACAAACUGGUGAUCCGACUGGUACUGGACGCGGAGGUACAUCUAUCUAUGGGGAAAAGUUCGAAGAUGAAUUAGUUGCGCCGACUGGUUUGCCGACUUUAAAACAUACUGGAGCGGGAAUUCUUUCUAGUAUGUUUAUUUCCCUUCCCUGAUCCUCAUAUUUUUCGUCUUAUCCCAAUCGACUCUCUUUCUUUCCACUUUCCGCUUCUCGAUUCUCCUCUUCACCUUUUUCCCCUCAAAAACCAACCCAACUAACCCUCCUUCCCCCAAAAGUGGCAAACUCAGGCCCCAACACAAACGGUUCCCAAUUCUUCAUAACACUAGCUCCAACCCCAUGGUUAGACAAUAAACAUACGAUAUUUGGACGAGUAACGAGAGGAAUGAAUGUAGUGAAACGAAUGGGGUUAGUGAGGACAGGGGAGGGAGAUCGACCAGUGGAAGAGGUGAAGAUUUUGAGGGGAGGGUUUUGGAGGAGAUGAGGGGGAGAUUUGUAGAUGGUGGGUGAUGAGGAGGGGGAUGAUUUAUGGGGAGGGUUGAAUGGAUGGUCUGGAAUUGAAAACCCAAUGCAAGCGAGAGGCGGAAAAUAUGUAUGGAUGUGGUAAUUGGUGUGAGAGCAUCCAAAAAUCCCAUCCAUCAUCCAUCAUCCAUCAUCAGUUUGAUCACUUCACCAGUGAUCACACCCACCAAUUCCAUCACAUACUACACUAACCAUCCUCACCAACACCAACCUCACGACCCAAGAAAAACAAAAGUCUAUACCUAUAGCAAUAAACUAGAGGAUACACAGAGGACAUAGAUAUGGAUAUGGAUAUAUGUAUGAAUAAGCAGUAGCUACCACAAGGCAAGGCAAGGCAAGGCGUUUCGGAGUUUGCAUUUAGUAUUAAUAUCCUUAGCUAGCCACCUACCUAAGUAGUAAUUAGUUGGUAGCUUUUUGAUACUUUGAUACUCGAGUCGAGUUAGCAAGCAAUGCAUUAUAUUAUAUUGUAUUGUGUU